AUGUCUUCUUGCACAGAAGAAAGAUAUCCAGAGUUAGUCACUGGUCCUGGAACCCUGAGGCUUGUUGCGCAUGCGGCUCAAAAGAAGCAAGAGAAGGAUGAAGAAGAUGAGAUGUUAACUUUGCAAAAGGCAAGAGAGCUCGAUGAGUUUGAUCAGCAAAAUCAUGGAGCAAUGCAAACCAAGAGAAGAAUGGUUUCCACGGUGCAAACAGUGUGA